AUGACGCCAUCCACCAUUUCGCUUUCUUUUUUCGCCGUCCCAGCCGAUUGGCAGAUCUUGCUUCAAGUCUUUUCUAAUUCUGGUGAUCCCGAUCUUUUGGUCGGAGAAGCUUUUGGUCACGUUUCUCUGUUUUAUGAGUUGGCUAAUCAAGUCAGCCAUGUUGACAAGUUGAAACUGGAUGAAUGUGCUGAGUCUGAGAUGCAACUGAUUGGAGAUAUGCGAAAUUAUCUUCAAGCAUUCGUUUCACAGGUAAAUUAA